CACUAUCCCUCAUGAAUAAUUGCAUUCUGUUCUCCUGCUCAGUACCAUGCUUUGUAUAUAUUUAAUAUCAAGCUUUAUACUUGGCGCAACAUCCAUAACUUGAUUGGCGCAUUAAGUAUGGCUGAUUUCGAGGUGGGGAGACGACGUUUCUUCCUAUUUCUAGCCGCCAUUGGCUCUGUUAUUCUUCUUGUGAACCUCUUCAUGCUCUCGGGCACUGAUCUGCGAUCCAAGAUCAAGAAUAUUCCUAUCAAUAUACCUGGAACGAGCAAAGGAAACGGUCACGAAACAGCUCCAAACCCUGAUCUUCCCAAGCUACCAUCUUGGCACGAAGACAAUGGAAAUUUCGAGGAACAUGCUGCGGUGAACGACAAGCAUCCGAUCGUUGACCUUAUGCAAGCUGCCGACCAAGCAUGGACUAAGUACGAGGAGGAUCGGACCUCGACAUUUAAGGAGACGGUUGCGAAAUACAGAAGGACUUACGGCAGACAUCCUCCUCCGGGAUUCAGAGAUUGGUAUAAAUUUGCGCGAGAACGGAAUGUACACAAUGUGGACGAUUUCAGUCAAAUCAUGGACGACUUAAGACCAUUUUGGGGUGUAGAACCUGCGGUUAUCCGCUCUCUCGCUGCGCACUUGCACGAAACCGAAGGCAAUGGCGUUUCCGGUCUUCACAUUCGAGAUGGCCAAGUCUGGAAGCUGACAAAUGCGAAUUGGCGAGUUGAUACUAUGAAAGAGAUGGUUGGGUCGUUCGUGAAAUAUUUACCAGAUAUGGAUAUUGCAAUGAAUCGACUUGAUCAGCCCCGCGUGGUUGUUCCGUUCGAAGACAUGCAAAAUCUCUUAGCCAGAGAAGUUUCAACGCGGCAGUUGUACCCUGACGCUCUAGCGGAAUGGACGAAGGAUCUGCCUGGUCUAUUUAAAGAAAACGAUACAGCACCCGUCAUCACGGACCCAGAGUUCGUUCUGGCACCAGGCAAGCAAUAUAUGCUGAUUGCUAAGGAAGCAUGUCCACCCGAGUCUCACGCAAGGAAGGAAGACUCAUCAACACGAUCAGCUGAGGUUUUAUACAAAGAGGACCGCGGUGGUUUUGUUACCAAUUUCAAUCUUUCCUCCGAUCUUUGCACUGUCGGACCUGAGGUUGAGUCUAAGCACGGUUUCCUAUUUGCUCCUAGCACGGUAGUAGCGAGUAAAAGGCUUUUGCCUAUAUUUGGUGAAUGCAAAGUCAACGUUAACAAUGACAUUCUCUUUCCUGCGAAUAUGUACUACAAGAACGAUGAACGAUACGCCUAUGACCCAACUUACGAUUAUGACUGGGAUGACAAGGAAGACAGGAUGAUUUGGAGAGGCGUUACUUCCGGUGGCACAAAUACAGCUGACAACUGGAUGAACAUGCACCGUCAACGCCUGGUACUCCUGACGAAUGCUACGGUUAUGGCAGAUCAGGAAGUACGAAUCAUGAGUGAAGACUCCAACAUGCAAGGCGACUAUCAGAAUUACGGGCACUUUAAUCCGAGCGAGUUUGCAGCUAAGCACACUGACAUUGGCUUUACGGAGGCCUUCGCCUGUGUGCCGGACUGUGGUUUCUAUGAUGAUGUCUGGACAUAUAAGAAUAUGACAACCUUGAGUCAACAGUUCGAAUCUAAGUAUGUCAUCGAUGUUGACGGUCACUCGUUUUCUGGAAGAUGGCAUGCAUUUCUCCAGAGUAAGAGUCUUGGCAUCAAGAGCACGAUUUUCAGGGAGUGGCACGAUUCAAGAUUGUUUGCUUGGAGACAUUUUGUUCCACUCGAUAACAGAUAUGAUGAGAUUUAUAGCAUUUUAACAUAUUUCAUUGGUCUUGGAAAUCCUUCGGCUGUGUCCAAUGGACAGCCAUACAUACCGAGACAUGAUUUCGAAGCUCGGAAACUAGGACGUCAAGGGAGAGAAUGGGCUACGAAGGUUCUCAGGAGAGCGGACAUAGAAAUAUAUAUGUUCCGUCUUCUGAUAGAGUAUGCACGAAUCAUCGACGAUAAUCGUGAUCGAUUAGGAUAUUCUGGAGACGGGAGUGAACUCGACAAAUAUGAUACCCAACAUCCCUUGAGCCCGUCUAUGGCUAGCAAAGGCGGUGGGGUGUAAUCUUUUGGAUAUCCUUCUAAUAGCAUUGACGAGCUUGGCGUUUUGGAGUCAACACAAUUUACAUAGGUAUACCACGUAUAUAGCAAUUAUUUACUGCACAUAGCAUCUUAACUGUUUUUACAAAACAUGUUCUGCAAAUGCUGACUUUGUUCGGGUGUUUUAUGAAGAAUUAUAUUUCUACCGCA